CGUUAUUUCUAAUAUUUGGCGAAUGCAGCAUAUAACCUGCAGGGCAAAUCUUUCCGAUUCAUAAAUUUCAGAACCUCUUCCAAGAUCAUUACUCAGAUUUAACCCCCAUGAAUUACAGCUUAGAAUUGUUCAAGAGACUGUUUUAAAACCCUGCUGAACAUAACAGGAAAAUGAUGAUUUUCUUAGCAACACUUUCUAUGGUUGCAUCCAUUACUUUUGCACUCGAGUUGAACAUGGACAGUGUAUGGAAAAGUUACAAGGAAAAAUACUCCAAAUCGUACAAUGAAACAGAGGAAAUGAGCAGACGAUUAAUAUGGGAACGUAACGUGGCUGAUAUUAUGAUGCACAAUCUUCAGGCAGAUCUUGGAAUGUACAAGUAUACGCAAGGCUUGAACGAAUUUUCAGACUUGGAUCACGAAGAAUACAAAAAUCGUCGUCUUGGUUACAAAUACAAUAAGAAUUUUCAAGGAAACGCAAGCAACUGGAUUCCUAGGGAGAUGUCUGAUGAUCAGAUGCCCGAGAGCGUAGACUGGAGAGAAAGAGGUCUUGUAACUAGAGUCAAAGAUCAGAGGGAUUGCGGCUCUUGUUGGGCAUUUUCUGCCGUUGGUUCACUGGAAGGUCAAUACAAAAGAAAAACAGGAAAUUUGGUCUCUUUCAGCGAACAAAAUCUUCUCGACUGCACAAGAAGACAAGGUAACGACGGGUGUAAUGGCGGUAUGAUGGAUCCCUGUUUUGAAUACAUUCGACAGAACGGUGGUAUAGACACCGAAAGAACAUAUCCCUACAUUGCUCGAGAAAGAAGGUGUCGGUUCAAUCCAUCGAAGGCUCUAGCUAAGAUCAGUAGUUUUAUGCAUUUGCCCUCCGGAAACGAACAAGCUCUGAAACAAGCAGUAGCAAUGAUAGGGCCAAUUUCUGUUGCCAUUGAUGGCGGCCACGAGACAUUUCACAAUUACAGAGGUGGCAUAUAUGAUGAACCUAGAUGCAGCAGUUCAGAACUUGAUCAUGCUGUUACUGUUGUUGGAUAUGGAACAGAAAAUGGAGUAGAUUACUGGCUAGCAAAAAACAGUUGGGGUACGAACUGGGGCAAUAAAGGAUACAUCAAAAUGGUCAGAAACAAAAAUAACCAAUGUGGAAUUGCAACAAAGGCCAGUUUCCCAAGACUGUGAUUGUUGUCUGUAUAAGAAUAAUUUGAAAAUAAAAAUUUUUACCAACA